AUGCAGUUCCCGAGAUGGCAGAUAUUAUGGAAAGCAGUUUCAGCAUUUUUGGAAACUCGGCAAGUAGUUGCGUUACCAUUCUCCGGUAUUCCCUGGAGCUUAUUGAAGGAAAUCGUCCGCGAAAUGGUCGGGCCUUCCAAGUUUGAGGAACCUGGAGCAAAAACAGAACUUCCGUAUUUCACUGGACAAAGCAAAGCGGUUUUUAACAAAAUCAUCAACUCUUGGAAUGAUUUAGAAGUAUAUAGCCCAAAUCCUCGGUUGUCCAUGUUCGCAGAUGCCAUUGAAAGGGAGCGGGAUGCAUUUUAUAAAGGCGCUCAGGCCAGUCAGAUGAAUCUAAUGCAAAACCAUACCAUUGCUCGAAGUCUUGAAAAAGAAGUAACUGCUAAAGUUGAUAAGGCGCUGAAGUCUUUGUCUAAGGAAAACAUGGAUGCCAACUACUACGUGAAGACUGUAACCGUUCCCUACGAGCCAGGAUCUGGUGCUACUACUCUUUGCCGUAGGAUCCUUUGGAACAAAAGAGAGGAAUAUCGUUGCGCUGUGGUAAAAGCCAUAACACCUUCUACGGACUUUCAAAUUGACAACUUCCAGCGAAUUGCAUAUGACGAGAAGAAUUCAAACUAUUCACUUCCUGUACUUGUUCUUGUUGACAACUUUCCAGAGAACGAUGUACGUCAUUUGACAGAUCAAAUCAUGAAAAGAAGGGCAAAAUGUGUUGUGCUAACCACGCUGCCAAUCCUGAAAUCAGAAACUAAUACACAGUUUGAGAUAACACCCUUACGAAAGCUCAACGACACUGAAACGAGUCUUGUUAAGGACAUUUUGAUUAAUAUUAUGGGCGACAGCCAGAAAAGAAGGGAGGCUGAGGAAGUCCUGGAGAGAGAAAAAAGGUUCAUUUGGUUUGGUUUGGAACUUUUUGGACGAGACUACGUUAAAAUAGAAGAGAGGCUUCAAAAUCACAUUCAUAUUAUCCUAAUGGGUGAGUCACAGAGGAUGCAUAAAUCGGUCCUAGAAAUGUGUUGUUUCCUCAACAAAUACAGUGAUGGUUGUGUUAUCCUUCCUCACGCAGUUGCACUAGACUCUUUGCACGAUACAAGUGCUGACAAACAAAGCUCAGGGAUUAACGAAAUCCAUGAAGUAUUUGGAGGACUGCUCCUUGAGGAACAGAACGAAACCAAUGGAUAUUAUGGUUGGCGCCCCGCACAUCCUCUUGUUAGCGAUGUGGUUACAUCAGGGAUAAGUAUCGAAGGGACAGCUAUACGUUGUCUUGAACAAGCUUGCAGUGGAAAGGCAUACGUGAUGAAGUUUCUAAGACGUCAAAUUUUCCGACUGUAUCUAGAUCGAAAAAGAUUGUCCGAUCCUGUCUUCGUAGAAGACCAAGCCUUAGACGAUGGCGCAGUCGGUGCUGAUUUAGAGAACGAAGUCUUCGGGUUUCACGAUAAACGCACCCGGUAUUCGCCUGUCAUCGUGGACAUCAUGGAUAAAGAAGAAAACAUUGAAGGGGCUCUUAGGGUUCUUCUAACCAUCUGUGAGAAGGCCACACAAAUUGAGGAUAAGGCUUACGCGUGGCAACAGUUAGCACGAUUUAUAGGGUACGAAUUGCGUGCCAACGAAAUGGACGCAACCAACGAACUAAAUAAGCGACUUCACCACACUAUGACGGAAAUAAAACAAAUCAAGGUAACCAUACCACGAACCGGAAUCGAUAUUGCUGUCUCCCUUCAGCCCAGUUACACCAACCAUUACACCACCAAAGGUGUUCUUUACUUUCAUCAAUUAAGGGAUUUCAAGACCAAGACGCCUUUACUUCGAGCUCUUCCAGACGCCGUCGAAAUAUGCCGCAAAGCGUUGGGCGUAUACCAUAAAGCGCUCGAGACCUCACGUGAACCUAACCAUUUCUCAAUGAUUGGUAAGAUCCAAGCCAAUGUCUCCCUCCUGGAAAUUGUUAAGGAUCUACCCUGCUUUAACUCCGAUGAGGGAAAGUUUACGAUGUACUUAGAGAGAAGAACUGUUCCUCAUGAAUUAGAGAACGCUCUUUCCCCGGAAGACCGCGAUUACGUACAGAGACUUGGAACCACCACACUCGACUUAUUGAACGAGCUUUUCGGACAUGUGAAGCUUAAACAAACAACUACUUAUGAUGAAAAAGGGGGAAGGGGUCUUAACAAUGCAAAGAUUAGAGCUUCCAAUCUACGUCGAAAAUUUUAUGAGAUUACAGGAUUCGACAAAAAGGAGUUAAGCAGUGAUGACAACUCACUGCUCCUCUCCCUCUCACCAAAACAACCGCUUGCGGUUUAUCAGCAGAAAGUUCAAGACAUUCUCUUCAUGAAAGACGAAACACCUUACAGCGCAUGGUCAAACCUGACUGAUGGAGAAAUAAUCAAAAUCUACUUUCUGCUGAGGCCUCUUUGUCUUCGUGGGCAAGGAAGCUAUAAUGACAUGUUGAUUUGCUCCAAGGCAGGUCUUCAACUUAAAGAGAAACCUUCAGUUCAAGAGCUUGACAACAUCGUUAGCGAGUGGGUACGGAAGUAUCCAAAUUCAGAAUGGGCCCAUCUUUUCUACUAUAUGAUUCACUUUCCAAUCCCAAAUGCAUCUCUUGCACCUUGUAAUGCAGCAGCGAGGGAAUCUGUCAAAAAUUGUGGCAGGAUUGUUCGAGAAAAAGCAGGUUCAGGAUUUCGGAAAUCCGGUGCUGAGUACUUUCUUGGUAAAGGGAUUGGUCUCAACGCCAUUCUAAGUAGCCAGGAGUUUCGGUGGCUAGAAACCAAAUGGAAAACCAAGACGGAUUUUUGGCGAGGCAAGGAACCUUCUGAGAGGUUGGAACGCGUGCAAGGUCGGAAAGAGGUCGGCAGUAAAGGCAUUAUUUCGUACCAAGGAAUUCAACUGCACUUUGAUAACACACUUUAUCCCAACGAAAGCAAGGACGAUCUCUGGUUUUACGUUGGUUUCACACUCGCUGGGCCCUAUGCAUAUGAUCCAGUCGACAAGGACAAAUACACUAGUUUGAAAAGACAAAUAGGGAGUACCACACCUAUGACAACAUCCCAUCCAAUACCUGAAAGGUUUGACAACAGAGACAGAUGGAGCCUUCCUCGACACUUUGUUGCUGGCAAAAAAACGAACAAAACCUCAUCAGAUUUACCUCAAGGAAACAUCGGUGCCAUCCAAAGUGAGCGGACUUACACCCCUCCUGUUUCACGAACUCGAAGACAUGACAGAGAUUUUUAUCCCAAGGUAAGAUCCGAUGAUGUUUCGGAAUGGGGCACAGACGUCUCAGACUUACCACGCCACAUUAGCUCAUCAGAUGUCCCUGUUAAUUCUUAUUUGCCUGAGGCAAAACGAAACACAGACUGGAGUAUGUCAGCGUUCGCUUCGCGAAAGGAAGAGGCAAGUCAGCAGAAACAUUCUUUGGCAGCAAGAAGCCGAACUAAACAGGAACGAACUAAAUGGAAAUCGGUAAUAGGAACUAAGGGUCCAUCAGAGGCCAAA